CUAGUGGAAGCGUUAAAGACACCUUUGUUGGAGCCAGAAAUGGACAAUACAGGCUUUUAAAAAUAGUAAUUGACAAUGAGCAGCUUAUAUUGGGAUCCUCUAGGCGGCCAGUUGGAUCAUGGGAAAAGGAUUAUGAUGCCUUUGUCCUUCCCCUUCUUGAAGACAAGCAACCAUGUUACAUAUUAUACAGAUUAGAUUCUCAGAACGCUCAAGGAUAUGAAUGGGUCUUCAUUGCAUGGUCACCUGAUCACUCUCCUGUUCGUCAAAAAAUGUUGUAUGCAGCAACCCGAGCAACGCUUAAGAAAGAAUUUGGAGGUGGUCAUAUUAAGGAUGAAGUAUUUGGAACAGUACAGGAUGAUGUUUCACUGAAUGGAUAUAAGAAAUAUUUGAUAUCACGGUCCUCCCCUGCACCUCUGACUGCGGCAGAAGAGGAACUUCGACAAAUUAAGAUUAAUGAGGUACAGACGGACGUUGGUGUAGAUACCAAGCAUCAAACAUUGCAAGGAGUAGCAUUCCCCAUUGCUAAAGAAGCUAUUCAGGCUUUGGAGAAAUUGAAAAAUAAGAAACUGAAUUAUGUACAACUGCAAAUUGAUAUGAAAAAUGAAACUAUUAUUUUGGCCAACACACUUCAUACUGAACUUAAGGAUUUGCCAAAAAGAAUUCCAACGGAUGCUGCGCGCUACCACUUUUUCCUGUACAAGCAUGCCCAUGAAGGAGACUAUUUGGAAUCCAUAGUUUUCAUCUACUCUAUGCCAGGGUAUUCCUGUAGUAUACGAGAACGAAUGCUCUACUCUAGUUGCAAAAGUCCACUGCUAGAAAUUGUAGAAAGACAGUUGUGGAUGCAGAUAAUUAGAAAGAUUGAAAUAGAUAAUGGUGAUGAGUUAACUGCUGACUUUCUUUAUGAAGAAGUUCAUCCAAAACAACACGCUCACCAACAAAGUUUUGCUAAGCCAAAAGGUCCUGCGGGGAAGAGGGGAAUACGAAGACUGAUUAGAGGUCCAGCAGAGACUGAAACACCUAGUGAUUAGAAACUAUUGUUUGCAUUUGUUAUAAAGUAGUAUAGUAAGAAAUGAAAUGCUGGCUUUUGGUAAUGAACUGAAAUCAUUCCAUUCAUGCAUGC